AUGUCCGGUCGUGGGCAGCAAGGACGCAAGGCCCAUGCAAAGGCGAAAACUCGCUCAUCCAAAGCAGGUUUGCAGUUUCCGGUGGGCAGGAUCUACCUCCUGCUCCGCAAGGGCAACUACGCCGAGCGCGUUGGGGCAGGUGCGUCAGUACACUUGGCAGGGGUGUUGGAGUACCUAAUGGCUGAGAUCUUAGAAUUAGUAGGUGAUGCAUCACGUGACAAGAAGCAGCCGCGCAUCAUUCCUUGCCAUUUGCAGCUGGCCAUCCGUAAUGAUGAGGAGCUUAACAAGCUCGUGGGGAGUGUGACUGUUGCUCAGGGUGGCGUCCUGCCGAAUAUCCAGGCUGUGCUGCUACCCAAAAAGACCGAGAGCCACCAUCACGAAGUACAGAGCUAG